AAUUGUCUAUCUUCUUCCAACUUGAAAAAUUCCUACAAAAGCAAUUAGUUAAUUCAUCACUCAUGUAAAUAAUCCAAAAUCCCUCUCAGCACACACUAUCAUUACUAAGACAUUUGGACAUGCACUUGAAAACAUAUAUGCCUAUUUUGACACGUCGAUUAAAUGGUAUAUCAUCUUUUUCCACUACCUCUAGGAUAAGGAAUUAUCAUGCUUUGCCAAGAAUUAUUAUAUUCUUACUCCUUUUGAUUUAUUCUGAUACACAAAUUGUUGUUGGGAUUUAAAGCUUACACAUCAAGGAGCCUAGCACAGCGGAACUCCACUACUUCACAAUUCGUAUACUAUAAAUGAACCUUCACUAUGAAGCUCAGAGGCAAGCAAAUUCAUAACCAAGUAAAGACUAAUUAACUAGGAUGCCAACGAAGCCUCUUUCAUCUUCUUCACAUCAAGGUCUUUUCUCGUCUUUCUUUAAGAUUCUGAGUUUUCUGGUAAAGCCAUUUUGGGUAGAAUUAGGGUAUUUCAUGAUCUUUUCUUUUUUAGGUUUCUUAGCUUUGAAUGUUACAAAACCUAGAACGCUACCAUCAUUUCGGCCUCAUAACCUAGAUGUGUUUUUCACUUCUGUUUCAGCUACCACAGUUUCUAGCAUGUCUACUGUUGAAAUGGAAGUUUUCUCGAAUGCACAACUUGUUUUCAUGACCAUAUUGAUGUUUCUUGGUGGGGAGGCUUUUACCUCUUUUCUUAGACUUCAACUCAUGAAGUUGAAACUUGUCAAGAAACACAGUGUAUUGCAGAACAACGAUGCUUUUGACUAUUCAAACUCUAGUAAUGGUGAAGGUCUUCAUAAUCUUGAGCUAGGAACAGUAGGUUUGGACAAUAAAUUAGAACAUGCAGUAAUAAACCCUAUGGAGGAUGGUCAUCAUGAGGCCAUCGCUAAGUUGAAGUCUAUAAGAUUGUUGACUUACGUGGUUUUGGGUUAUAUCCUAGUUGUUAUUCUCCUUGGUUCUUCCUUAGUUUCUAUAUACAUAACAUUUAUCCCAUCUGCAAAACAAAUUCUCAACGAAAAAGGGCUCAACUUGCAUACUUUUUCAAUAUUCACCACUGUUUCAACAUUUGCAAAUUGUGGAUUUGUUCCUACAAAUGAAAACAUGAUGGUUUUUAAACAAAAUUCAGGCCUUCUCCUCAUUCUUAUCCCUCAAAUCCUUCUUGGUAACACCUUGUAUGCUCCUAGCUUACGUUUUGUUAUUUGGUUCCUUUGGAAAUUCACAAAGAGACAAGAGUUUGAGUAUAUUUUAAAGAACUCGAAACGUGUAGGAUAUUCACAUAUUUUCCCCCGUUUUGAAACCAUCGCUAUUGCAGUUACUGUUUUGGCAUUCAUAUCAGUUCAGUUUGUAGCCUUUUGUUCAUUGGAGUGGAAUUCUGAAGCCGCUGCUGGGCUUAGUACCUAUCAGAAGCUGGUGGGGUCAUUGUUUGAGGUUGUCAAUACCAGGCAUACUGGUCAAUCUGUGUUCGAUAUUUCAACCUUUACUCCAGCAAUUAUAGUAUUGUUCGCCUUAAUGAUGUAUCUAUCAUCCUAUACUACUUUUUUGCCUGUUGAUAAUCAUGAAGAGAGGUUAAAAACUAAAGAAAAAAUUAACAGGAAAAAAAGGAGAAGCUUGGUGAAGUACAUAUCAUUCUCACAACCUUCUUGUUUGGUUAUUUUUACCAUUCUUAUUUGUGUAGUGGAGAAAGACAAAACGAAAAAUGAUCCACUCAACUUCAACGUACUCAACAUUGCCUUUGAAGUCAUCAGUGCAUAUGGGACUGUUGGAAUGUCAAUGGGCUAUAGUUGUGCAAGGCAAAUGAAACCAGAUGGUCAUUGCAAGGACACAACAUAUGGAUUUGCUGGAAAAUGGAGUAAUACGGGAAAGUUCCUUUUGAUUAUUGUCAUGUUCUUUGGAAGGAUGAAGAAGUAUAAUCAAAGAGGUGGAAAGGCUUGGAAAGUAUUAUAACUUCACUUAGAAUUACUUUAAAUGUAUUUAAAAUAAAUGGGCAACUUCUUUGACCUUUCUCACUCUCUCUCGCAUUUUUUUGGCCUUUUUAUUUCUUCCAUGUAAUCCUAGUGUAAAACAAGUUAUUGCUAUGUUGUAAUGUUAUAUGACAUGUAUAUAACUAUCCAUUUUUUUUUGGGGAA